UACUAUAGAAAUACUCCGUCAGUCAGUCCCAGGUAGGAGUAGUGGAUGGAGGAGUGAGACUUGCUGGAGACAAGGGUAGCAGAGAAAGCCAGGGUCCUGUCAUCCUCGUGUCCCCUGUCGUUCUUCCUGCCACGGCCAUGGCGGCUCCACACCUCCCUCCUCGUGCUCCGUGCGUGCCUCCCCCGCUAUAAGUAGGCGACCAUCGCUUCCUGCUGCCUGCAACCAGCGAGACCGAAGGACCGAGUACAGUUAACAGUGUGAAGUGAUUGGGCGGGAUGGCCAUGGAGAGAGGCUGGAAGGCUGGCAGCGUGUUCCGCAUUGAGAUGGUCGAGGAGGAGGAGGAGACGGCGAUCCCGCCGCCGCAGACCCCGCUGGAGCCCAUGGAGUACCUGUCGAGGUCCUGGAGCGUGUCCGCGUCCGAGAUAUCCAAGAUCCUCGUCAGCGGAGCUGGAGCCAAGAGGAGCUUCAGCCGGCUGCCGCUGCCGGAGAUGGCCAUACCGGAGACCGCCACCGUGCUCGCGACGGCGACGGCCAUUGUUCCGAGCCAUCGGCACCAUACAGAUGCGAGGAGGAGCUCCAUCAGCAGCAUCGGCCACCACCAGUCCAUCGGCAGAUGGUUCCAGCACAGGGACGCGAGCCGGUCCAGGCAGAGCAGCAAGGAGAAGCUGCGCGCAGAGAGGGCGCACGUGCACGCCAUGGUGUCGGUGGUCCGGGUCGCGGCCGCGGUGGCCGCCGUCGCGGCAGCGUCUACGAGCUCCGACGCGCAGUCCUCCAAGAUGGCGGCGGCCAUGGCGCCGGCAACGGAGCUGCUAGCCUCGCACUGCGUCGAGGCGGCUAGGCUCGCCGGUGCGAGCCACGAGCAGGUGGCCUCCGCCGUCCAGUCCGCGGUCGGCGUCAGGAGCGCCGGUGACCUGACGACGCUCACGGCGGCUGCUGCAACCGCUCUGCGAGGAGCGGCGACGAUGAAGCAGAGGGUGCAGCGGGAGGCGGCGAGAAGCAACGCGAGCGUUCUUCCUUUCGAGAAGGGCCAUUCGUGGAGCCCUGAUGUCUGGUGCAAGGAGGGGGAGCUGCUCAAACGAACAAGAAAAGGGGAUUUACACAGGACAAAAGUGUCUAUCUACAUCAGCAAGAGGUCCCAGGUGAUGUUGAAGCUGAAAAGCAAGCACAUUGGCGGUGCGCUGUCAAAGAACAACAAGAGCGUGGUUUACGGCGUAUACAGCGAGCUCCCGACGUGGGUGAUCGAGCCAGGCAAGGCUUUCAUGGAUGAGAAAUGCUGCUUUGGCCUGAGCACUGCACAAGGUAUCGUGGAAUUUGAGUGCCAGGACAGCACGAGUAAACAGACCUGGGUUGACGAUGUCCAGAACCUGCUUCGACAAGUUGCUGCCGAUGAUCACGCAGGAGAUAAACUGGAAUCAGUAGUAGAAGCCCCUUGAUGCAGCUCACGUGUGCGCACCGUUUUCUCGGUGAUAGGUGGUAUGUUGUGAUAGUGUGAUGUAAAGAGCGGUACAUAUAGAUGAUACUCUUUGUGAGGUUGUUUAGCUCUAUAUUGUAAUGGAUACAUAACGAUGAGUUAAAGAGUUAAUAGAUGACGUUUGAGUUUAGUA